UCCCGUUAUUAUAGCCCCCGUACUAUUCCCGAACAAGUAGUGGUGUUGUUCACUCGUGCACGGCGCACACAAAUUUUUAGGUUAUGUGUCACUUUGACAGUUCGCGCCAUUAAUGUGAAGUUUGUGUUUUUACAUUUUGCCGCUGUUUUAUUUAAAUAAAUGCUCGAGCCACGCGUGAUCAUACACAGAGAAAGUUUAUUUUUAUAAUAAUAGCAAAACCACAUGCGCAAAGUUACGAGUAAACACCACAUGUCAACACCUCUACAUAGAGAUUACUGAACCUUUGUAGGUAAAUGAACCUAAGAACAUGGCGCAAUUUGACAUCAUACCUUCUUACGAAGAAGAGAUGUUCAGCGACAGAAACGACAACGUCACAGAUCUACACGCUUACUACAUGUCACAAUUUAAUUUAGAACUAGAAAAUAGUAACAAGAAUAAGAAAGUCGAUAGUUUCAAAUAUGGCGUGGAAGAAAGUUUUGAUUUUGAAGUUUUAGAUAAUUGGAACACACCGACAAGUAACGAAGCUGAUUUUGAAAUUAUAGAUGAAGUUAUCGAUAGCAAUAUUAAUGAACAAAAUAUUAAGGAAGUCCUUUUAGAUCUAGAUAAUAUUGACUUUGGAGAAAAGAAUGGCAAAAUUGAUAUGUAUAAGGGACAAGACAAUAAAAUGUAUGAAACAAAUAACGACUACAUUGAUGAUGAAUCACUGAUCGAUGAACUGUGCAGAGAAGAUGGCGAAUCUUGCAGAUUAACACCAGAUUUUAAUGAAGAUUAUUUAAAUGCGACGCCAGACAAGAAUCUUUUACCGUCAAUAGAUACAGUGUUUUCCAAGAGAUACUGCAAUUAUAAUGUUGAUGAUACUCAAAUGCCGGAGUACAACAAUGUGACUCCUGUCCCACAUGCUGUUGGUACUGUGAACAGCUUAGAACACUAUAGUUAUCCAAACAACAUACUUUAUAACCUAGAAGAAAGAAAAUACGUACUCCCCGAUACUCCUACAAGCUGUAAUGAAUUCAGUUUUGAUAGAAAUGAAAGAAAGAUUUCGGUAUCAGAGUCUGUUGAAAGUGAUGUUCACAGUUCAAGUUACUACGACGAAAAUUCUGAAAAUUUCGAUGAAGACGAUUUAUUUGUUAAUUUAGACGAUUUCGGUUUGAAUUAUGAGACAGAUACUAAUGUUAAUGUUGUUGAAAAUAGUAAAACUCCGGUUCCUAGGAAGAAUGAAAAGGAUAAGGUUCAAGGUGAAAGGGUAUGUUUAUGGGAGCAAUGUUACGAGAGAUAUCCAAACCAAACUACACUAGUGGAACACAUCGAGAGGGCGCAUGUCAACACAUACAAAGGUGAUGAAUUCAGCUGUCUCUGGCGCGACUGUGCGCGGGAACGGCGGCCAUUUAAUGCGCGCUACAAGCUCCUGAUACACAUGCGCGUUCAUUCAGGACAUAAGCCCAACAGGUGCCAUCAUCCAGGAUGUGGCAAAGCGUUCUCGAGAUUGGAAAACCUGAAGAUCCAUGUGAGGUCUCAUACUGGUGAACGUCCGUACGCAUGUCCAGCUCCACACUGCAGGAAAGCCUUCUCAAACUCCUCAGAUAGAGCGAAACACCAGAGGACACAUUUUAAUGCUAGACCCUACGCCUGUGGUGCUAUCGGCUGCGGCAAGAGGUACACAGACCCCUCCUCUCUGCGGAAGCAUGUGAAGACUCACCCUCACAUCACGAACGUUCCCCGCACGUGUGUACCAGCAUCACGGCCGAUAAGGAAACCAGACCAGGAACAGACAGUCCCCAGCUCACCAGCUAAGCUGACUACACUACGUUGCAUUAGAGAUAAAUUGACUGUACCGAGGUUGCAGAAAUUGUAGGAAGUUUUACUUAACUUAAGUAAAUAAUGAAUUCAUUAGUUAUUACUUUCGUUGCUCAAAAGUGGUACUGAUAUCGCAUCAUGAGUAGGGGUAUGUAUACAUAGAAGGCAUCAUGAGAUUUUUUUUUUUAUCGCGAUGGAAAUCCUCAUGGAUUUCCCACGCCGUGGGGACGACGGGGGCGUGUCGGACUCUUACCGGCUAAAACCACCGCGGUGUUCCUCCACUGCCUGUGGCCGUGAUCCGGGCUGCCCUCACGGAUUCACCGCACAUCAUGAGAAUGGCAGAAGCUAGUUUAUGAUAAUUUUUAGACAAAGAAACGAGGCUCAAAUUAAGACUUCAGAUGUAUUUAGGUUAUAUAUUUUAGAUUAUUUGAACAAAAAUUAAACUUUAAGUAUUGUUAAAAGUUAUGGUUGAAAAGACUGAAGGAACACGAUUGGCUCAAUUUUUUAAUAAUUCUAAGUGCUUAUAAAUAACGCGUCUUUUCUUGUGUUGUGAACACAAAAAACUUAGACUUAAGAAACUAGUAAUUUCGAUAGAAAUGUCUACUAAAUUAAUUUGUUAGUUCUUAAUCAAACGAUUCCAAUUAAAAAUAUAUUUUAUCAGAUAUUGUUAUGUUUAGUGAAGUAUUUGUAAAUAAGUUUAAUGUAAACAGAUGGAGCGACAGAGAGUAGAUAUCGUACGGUUUAUACAGACUGAUUUUUUUUUUAUUACCAGCCAAAUUUAUUCUGAGAGUGUUUUUUAAGGAGGAAAAUCCAAUGACUUCUUCAGCCUUGGGCCAGGCGAGAGGGAGUGUCAAACUCUUAGGGACUAAAAACCACCUCGUUCUUACUCCUGAUUUUCAAGUUGGAGCCCCGGUAAACUCGCUAGGUAGUCUGAGAGUUAGGUAUCAUUCAAACAUUAUAUUUUAAAAUAAAAAAAAAAGAAAACCGACUAUACUGAAGAAAAUCGGUUAAAAAGAAAACUAAAAUGGUCAAAAUAACUUUUAAACAAACAAUAAUGAGAAACAAAGACUUUCGAAAUGGAAGUCUAUUUGAUCCUUUUAAUGACUUUUUAACCGUCUUUCGUCAGUAAAGUCGGUUAUUUGUUUUGUAAAAAGUUUUUUUUUUAAUGUAAUGUUUGACUCUCAGAACUAAAUUGGCUGGUGAUAAAAAAGACUGUAUACGAAACAGAGUUUAUCUUUUAUUACUAGUUGCUAAUUAUUGUAGAUAAUAUGUCUAUGUACGGGAUCAAUUCAGAUAAUAAUGUUUUGACUUGGCCAACCUAGUAACAAUUAAGUAUGGUACCAACUUUUACCUACGGUAAAACGGGGUGAAUGGGAUCGAGAGUGAUAGAGGAAGGGUAAAUAGAUACUAUGAAGAAUUUCCCUAUACCUAUUCACCUCUCUUCUGUCCCUAUUUACCCCGUAUUACCGUUACCUACCGUGUGAAUUAGCCAAUGACACAAUGUACGUAGGUACUAAAUGUUUACAAAAUUAUAAAAAAUGUUAGUCAGAAGUCUAAAAGAAAAGACAUAUAAAAACCUACUAUUGCAUUUAUAAACACCAUUAACUAAAAAUCACGCUUUACUCACGUACAUUAAAGGAGAAAAGUUUUACCUAGUUCCGAGUCACAUAGGGACUCUUAAUCAUGAGCAGCGUACGCAGACGCGGUGACGACGUUGCGCAGCCUAUGAGCUUUUCUCCAUUAGUAAGUGAGUAAACCGAUAAUAAC